AUGAUUCCUGUCAAUUCUGUACAUAUCAAUCCAGGUAAAUCUGCUGAAAUUAUCGGUCACAAUGAACACAUGCUAUGUACAAUGUUGCUUCACUUGCCAAUAAAAUCAUUGUUCCGCUUCAAGUUAGUAUCGAAACAAUGGCGUUCAUUGCUCUCGAGCUCCCAUUUUGUAUCGAGGUACAAUCUUCUUCACCCUCCCUUGCUUUCUGGUCUUUUCUUAGUCCCAAAAUGUUGGAAUGAAGUUGAACACAAUCAAAUAGAGUAUAUCUCCUUAGGCCAAAAUCAGUCAAAUGUUCCGAAUUAUGACUUCAGUACCAUCAAACUAUUGCAAUCUUGUAAUGGAUUAUUGUUAUAUUGUGAUCAAGAGGGUAAACAUUCUGUUCUCAAUCCCACAACUCGUAAAAGUAAACUCCUUCCUUCUAGCACAACUAGCUCUCCUUAUUACAGUCUUGUGUUUGAUCCUACAAUUUCACCGCACUACAAGAUUAUCUGUGUUGAGGAAACAUAUCACAAUAAGUACAAAAUUUCUAUGUAUCUAUCAAACUCGAGUAGUUGGAUAUCCAUAUCCUCCAAUGUACCGGACUUUCUUGCCCCGCGUGAUAUAGACUUCACAAGCGGGAUAUACUGCAAUGGCUCGAUCCAUUGGACAAAAAGGACACCAAGGGGCUUGUACUUUAAUGUGGAGAAGGACACUCUAAGUCUUAUGCCAGAGUGUCCUAGACAGGAACAAUAUAGUUGUGAGUACUUUGGCCACUCUAGUGGGUAUUUGCAUUGUGUGUUUACCAUGGAAAGGUUGCGUUACUACGAGCUUUUCGAGAUGAAAAAAGAUUAUUCAGCAUGGGAUUUUAAAUGUAGAAUUGAGAUUAACAUGGAGUUUAACUAUCAAAAUCCUCAAUUUAUGUAUAAGUGUCAUGUGUUGUCAGUUUUUCGUGGUCAAAAUAGGGAAGUUUUGGAGAUUAUAAUGUCCAUUCCUGGUGAAGUUAUAGCCUAUGAUUGUAAGAAAAAGACUUACAGGAAGAUGUAUGAAUCGAAACUAAGUGCUAAAGAUAAGAAAAUUUGGUAUGGUAUCUACCAUGUUUAUGAGUGCUUUGAGAGCCUGUACCCUGUUUGA